UCCUGGCCGCCAGUCAGUCCCGCUCCGGGCUUCUUCGCGGCAUUAUUGCUCGCUCGGCGUUCUCCGCGCUCGGACUCGGCUCUACCUGUCAAUUUUCUGCCGCUCUUUCUGUUCUUUUCAUCAACGCCGACAAGCGUGGGAACCCAAGAACGUCGAGGGGCUCUAACGAGCAUUGUCGCAUCACCGUUCCACCCUCGUUGUUCCUCCCCCGGCGCAAUCGUGUCGAAUUUUGCCGUGGUGUGACCAUUUGUGAUCGCUCCGAGAGGACGCGCAGUGCCGAUUAUUAUGAAUUUUACCAUGACCGACUGACGCCUCGGAGAUCUCGCGAAAAUCUCGCAGAGAAUUCAUCCGCGCGAUUUCGAUCGUUCGCGCGCCAGGCAGCCGACGCAACCGUCUCGAUCUCGGCUGUGCGAUCCCGCUGAUCGAUCGCAGCUUGAAUCGCGGGGAUCGAAUUCCUCCCCGUGGCCUGGUGUAUCGUGCGUGCUAAAACGGUGCCGCUGUUCGUCCGCGAGUGAAGGCACUCUCCGGGUUUAGACGGUUCCACCAGCUGCCGCCCGUCAAAGCCGGGAGAGCGACGAGAAGCAACGCGGAAAGACGCGAUCUGAAAAUACACAUCCCGCGGAUACGUGGAUCGGCCGAGUAGGAGCGGCCGUGCAGAAUGUGAGAGGGUGUCGUUGCCAAAGAGUGAGACGAGUUCGCAGGACAUCGGCAGGACCACCGGCUCUACCCGACCGGAGCACGCGCAUCCUGUGCCAGGCUCGUCCUAGCGAUGCGACAUUCCACGCUGCUCCCACGUAGUCAUUGACAAUCAGCAUUUUUUUUUCUCUUCGCCGGGAGGAUCCAAAUCGUGCCUCAAUGUCCCAGAAUAACGAUCUACUCCGCUGCUCUUUUUCUAAUUUCCAACUGGCCGGCUCGGAGCACGGCGGAACGUCAAGGACGUGUCUUCCUCGCGUCCUUGCGUCGGCUUAUGGACGGUGCAUUAAUUCGCUCAAUGAGCAUAACAAUGUAAAUGCAGCCCUCAAUCAGAUACACCGUCCGUAGUGGCCGUUCCUCUGGAGUGCCGCAAUUUCACGAGAUGCGAAGCGAGGUGGGCGAAUGGCUGGCCACGUGCGUAGGUUCGCCGAUAUGCAUCCUGCUGCUGUCAUGGUCUCUGCUGAUCUACCAGAAUCAAUCAUCGUCCGCGAAAAGGAAGAUCGACGUGCUGACGGUCGCGAUACUCUCUCAAAGCCUCGCGCAUCAAUUGGGCCUGCUGUUGUAUGCGAUUCUCACCUUGAUCCGUCCAGCAAAUCACUUUGGAGAGCUAUGCUCGACGCUGGUGUGGGUGCUGAACUCGUCGAGCGUCCUCCAGGAGUUAACCCUGACGUCGAUCGCGGUGUUCGCCGCGAUCAGCAGCCGUGACGAAGCCGUGAACCUCACGAAGAACCACCUCAAGUAUCACCUGGUGAGCCUGAGCGUUAUCAGCGCCUGCAUCGGCGUCACAGGCGUCCUCAAUUUCGAGCCGGAGGUCUGCGUCUUCCUCGCCCAUGAAAUCUCCCACAAGUACGGGAUCUUCGUCAAUUCCCUGAGGAGUUUGCUGGUUCUCACGUCUCUCUUCGGAGUGCUGGUCGCGCUCUUCAAGAACGUCUGCCGCGCCCCGGCCUCGGAGCUGCUCAAGUCGGUCUCCGAUCUGUCCGAGGCGAGCUCGAAGAACUCCUCGGGGGCGUUCGAGUGUCACCCCCAGCAUUGGGACCCAUCCAGCGGCUCGUGCACCAGCGGCUCCACCAACAGCAGGGCGUGUCUGAGGAAGAAGAGGGUGCAGGUGGACGAGGCCAGCGGCAGAUCCACCGUCUACAGCAUCCUCUUCGUUUGCUACGUCUUCGAGCAUCUGCCCAUCCUGAUCAUCUCCAUCAGACCCAGUCUCCUGAGGAACUUCUGCACGCCGCAAAACUUGGCGACGUGGCUGCCGCUGGUGAAGGACACGCUGCUUCCGGUCUUCCUGGCACUCUUCGACAAGAUGUUCUGUCGAUACGUGGCCAAAGUGUAUACGAAGCAGAAUCACGCGAGGCGACUGUCGCACGGUGGCAUAGACGGUAAAUUUCGACACUUCGAGCAGGACACCGAGUACAAGCUUCAGUUGAACCUGAAUCACGGGCUCAAGUUCCCCCUAACUAACGGAAGCCUCUACGGACGGUUGCACAGCCAUCAGAACAGAGUCAAAACCAGCACGAUCACGAUGGGAAUCCAGCAGCAUUAUCCGAGAGCGCAACCGGUCAACGAGGACGGCAAUUACGCAUCUCUGCCGGCCGAACUGUCGUCCUUCACGAGCUCCACCUUCGAGCCGCGUCAGGACAGGAUCGUCGAGCAGCCGCCGAAGAAGAAUUCCAUGGAACAGCACAACAGCAGACGACCAAGACCGAACGAGAAUCUGCUCGAGCUCGCCGGCAACCGCAGGAAGAUCGGCAGCACCGACGUCUUCGGGCAGAACAUGGAGAAUCUGGUGCAACUCGAAGACCCGGCCAGCAAUCGGAAGUCCUUUGCCAAGAGUCUCGAUGAGAUUCGCGAGGAACCGUCCAAACGGCACGCCAGGAGUGUCCUCGGCCUGGAGAACCUGAUCGUGGGACUGGAGAGCAGCCUGCACGCGCAGCAUUAUCCUAGAAUUGCCCUUCGCAGAAAUCAAAGCUUCGAUCACGCCAGAUAUCAUCGACCUAUGCUCGAUACGAGGACCUACAACUUGAAGAAAGACAAUCAUACGCGGGAGCAACAGAACCUCCAUCAACGGCAAGACAGUCAGGGCCACUGCGACGGAUACGACAGCUCCGACGACGAGAGUUGCGACCUGGAGAACGGCGACUUUGACACUAUGAGCUCCUGCAGAAGCAGGAGCAGGAGCUGCUGCUCCGUCACCACGGUCGCCAAUGACGAUUUCGAAUAUUUCCAACGUAAGGGAACCAAGGUGGAGCUGCUGCCCUCCAAGAGAGCCGGCGAGGUAAAGGUCAGCAUGCGAUCUUUCACGCCGCGUAUCAUAGAGAACGGCACGGGCGAGCGGGAGGACAAGAAGUGCAGCAGCACCGGCAAGCCGGCCGACACGAAGCCCAGCAUACAGUCCUAUCACCUGAAGAGCAAGAGGAUCGGGCCCGGUUACUCGAUGAACGACUUGGACAAGCUUACCAUUGACAGGAAACUGCCGAACCUCUCGAUAGAGAGCCUGAAGAGCAUCCUGAAGAACUCUGACGUGAGCUAUCUCGACAACGGCGACAUAUGCAAGCAUGACAUUGGCGGCUCGGCGCCGGACUUUAAGAAGAUCUUCGUCACGGAGUUCAUAUGAGCCCGCCGAGAGGCCGGAACGCGACGUAGAGUGUUCAUAAAGGCGAAAGACCGUAUCCUUCGUCCUUGUGAUAUAGCGACGACAUACUCGUAGACGUAGCAAGUUCGCUUCUCGUUCUAUCGACCGGCGCGAUACACUUAUCAGGCAUGGAGAGUAGCCGGCGCGUACUCUCGACGCGUCCUGCGGAAGCUUCUGUUCGCGGUAGAGGUCCGAGAAACUUGUAAAUUAGAGGAUUCAUGUGCACGACGAUCGACGAGAUCGUUGGUAGAAAGGAGGAUUGAAUAUUGAGUAGCUUGCGCUCACUGCGCGCAUGUCUUCCAGACUGUUUUCAUUUUUGUAUCAUGAAACCUAAACUCGUUUAUAUGUGUGUGAGCAUCUUUCUUUUUUUUUAUAAAUAUAUUUCUUAAAGCGUCGCAUCUCCGGACUUGUCGUUUAUUCGCAAGCUGCGGUCGAUGGAGUCGCGGGUGGCGUUCUCACGGGCGCGGCGCGCCUGUUUUGUAAAAAUUCUGUAAGAUACUUUGCGACACACCUAGCGAAUUUGUUCCCGACCGCGAACGCGAUUCCACACAGCAGCGCGCGUUAUUUGUACAUAUUUUGUAUAUUUGUACUACUGCAAUAUUUAAUAUAGCGAGAGAGAUUAUGUGUACAUGUAUAUACAAUUACGCGUGACUCCACAACAUGUUCGUUUCAUUGUCGUGGAAACGACGAGCGAAUUGUAUAAAUUAAUUGCAAAUAUAUUUUACUUCUGGGUUGA